CGUGAAUUAUACCAACUGAAAUGAAAGGAAUUAAGAAGAAGUAACUAAAGAUACAAUUUUGUCUUCAUAUAAAUACUUUAUUUUUGUAAUAACAUACAUGUAUACAUUAUCUAUUUAAAGAGACUCUGGUUUGAUAUCAAUGUUGAGGUAAUAAACAAAAACAUGAAUGACUGUAAAAACACUGUAGUUCUCACGGGAUUAGGAAGUGAUAUCAAGAAAGAGGAUUUUAUCCAACAUUUCAAACGUUUUGGAGAAAUACUAAAAUGUAACCUGGUAACUACAGGAUCGGAAGGGAGAGUGACAUAUGCCGACUCUAAAACUGCGGAAAAGGCUAUUAAAGAACUUGAUGGAAAAGAAAUAAACGGAAAUGUGAUCAAAGUUAAAGUGAUGGACAAGUGUCAUAACAACGAUAAUAUUCACGAUGCAGAUUAUGGUAACAACACAACAAACAACCAAAAUGAUUGACAUUGUGAUGAACACCACAAAAAAAACUUUGGUGGCGGUAAAGGUGGAAAAGGAGGCAUCGGAAGUUCGAACGUUCCAAGUGGAAAUGAUGGUGAAGAUGGCGAACCGGGUCCUGGGGGAAAAGGUGGUGCAGGUUGUUAACCGGCUAUAACUAAUCCAAAACUUGGUAAAAGGGCCUUUGAAUCAUAUGAUGGAUUGGCUAAUAAUAUGAAGAACAAAUAUGAAUGUUCCGGUGGUGGAAAGGGUGGUAAAGGUGGAAUCGGGGGUCCGAACGUUCCGUGUGGACAUGACGGUGAGGACGACGAGCCUCGUCCUGGUGGUAAAAUUGGUGACGGUGGUAGACCAGCGGUAUCAAAAAAUGACUAUACAUGGAAUGGUAACAGGAACAACGAUCCAUGGUUUACAAGAUGGUUUGGUAUUGGAGGGCCUAAAACGACAAAUGAGGAAGAACAUAAUUCAUCAGGAGACGGAAGAGGUGGAAAAGGCGGAGUAGGUUACAAUAAUGUUCCAAGUAGACAUGACAGUGAGGACUGCGAACCUGGUCCUGGUGGUAAAGGUGGUGCAGGUGGCACACCAGCAGUGUCGAAAAAUGCCUAUACACGGAAUGGUAACUGGAACAACGAUCCAUGGUAUACAAGAUGGUUAGGUAUUAGAGGGCCUAAAAAGACAAACGAGCAAGAACAUAAUUCUUCAGGCGGUGGAAAAGGCGGAGUAGGUUACAAUAAUGUUCCAAGUGGACAUAAGGGUGAAGACGGAGAGGCCGGUCCUGGUGGCAAAGGUGGUAGGGGUGGUAGACCUGCAAUGUGACAUACAACUUCAAAACUUUGAUUGUUUCAAUGUUAUUAUUAUUUUUCCCGUUCUUUUACAUUGGAUUUUAAGAUUAUAGUAUAAACAUAUCA